AUGCACUCGCGCAGCGGCGGCAGCGUCUUCGGGGAGGCCCCCGAGCCGCUGCUGGAGCUGUGGGUGGCGGCUCUCGUGGAGAGCGCCAGGAGCCUCUUGGCCGACGACAAGAGGAACCUCAAGCACGUCCUGGACUUCUACGGCGGAGACACGGAGGCGGGCCUGAACGGCCUGCGCCAGUGCUUCUCCGCCUUCGGCGCCAGGACGCAGUGGUUCGAGGACCUCGCGGUGUUUCGGCACCUGGUGGCCCUGGCGGCUUCGGACGAGCAGCUGUUCAGGAGGCUCAGGUGUCUGCUGCAGUGCAUCCCCACGAGGCCGCAGCCUCACACGAGGCAGUCUUUCAUGAUGCACGUGGCCUUCAGCCUUCGCUAUCUUGCACUCUGUGGCCAGACCCGGUACAUUCAGCAGGAGUUGUGUUCCAUCUUCAUCCUCCUCCUUGAUAUCCCCAACUUUCUUAUUAUCUGUCGUUCGCUUCUCGUCGUGCGCAUGUCC